GGUCUCUCCCUUCUGGCAGCUUCUUGUUUCCUUGUGGGGAUACAACGCUUGGCAAUCGCCCUCGUCAGCCGCAGCACGGCAUGGACUGGAUUACUGAUCUGCCGACGUCCAUUUGCUACAAAAAGCCCCACCCGGUCCACAAGGCCCACAAAUCGACAGCUCAUUCACACCCAUCCUUGCACUCAGCACCUCGCCCGAAUCGUACUGCCAAGACAAAGAUGAAAUCGUGGUACUCUCCGCAGAAACGUAGUCCGCUGCCGCGGCAAUAUGAAGAUCGCCGGGAUCGACACCGCAACCAUGACAACGACCAAUACAACGGCCGGGGCAACGGCAGUGACGAUGAUUUGGGCAACGGCGACCGAGACUUGGACACAGCUCGCACCCGCCCCAGCGGGCAAUCCCGUCCGAUGCCAGCCCAAUCGUCGUCUGAAAGCACCUCCCAAGACGAUCCUUCCGAGUCCGUGCAGCUCACAGAGUCUCCUGCCGAGCUCUUGGUGAUCCGCCAAAUCACUAGCCUCGUCUACGACAACGAUCAGCUCUUCUCGGCCGUGCAGGAAUACAACUCCACCGUCGUGAGCGCUCUGUCGGAAAGCCGGGACGACGCCUCGGACGAUCUGGCGGCCGUCUUUAAGCGCCUGAACGUCGAGCACAUCCGGGCCAGCGAGUUCCUGAUGAAGACCCUACUCAAGAUUGACGACCUCGCCUGCGAAUCGGGCUUUGAGAGGGCCCGGACGAAGCGGCGGGAUGCAGUCAAGUUCAUCCAGGGCCUGAUGGAACGGGUCGAUCUGCUGCACCAGCGGGCGCUGAAGGGUUUUGAGAGGUGGGCCGCCUCCGAGCCACCGUUCUAGCAAAUAGACCAGGCGAUGCCCCGAAGCCCGGUGCCGAUGGCUUUCAUGAAGUCUGCCAUGCUGCUCAGGCAUCGGGAGGAACUCUGCUCCGCCAUCGAUCUUGCGCUCCUGCCAUCGAAGCGAAUGCAUCUUACCCCUCUGACAGCAGUCGACCAACCCAGGGUCGCCCACUUCACCCCUCCCUCGCUGCGAGACCAGUCUCAAUACAUAUCUGCCUCCACUGAU